AUGCCAUCCUCCUUCCAUUCCCCAAACCUCCCACCAACCCCGUCACACCCGCGUCUCUCCCAGCCCAGCCGCAUUGCCGCCCUCUUCGCGCUAGUCGCUCUCGCCUCUCUCCUCACCUGCAUCUUCCUCUCCCUCCCACCCGCGGCCCCUCCGCCGCUCCCCCUCGUCCCCCUCACCGCCAUCGCCGCUGCCGCCCAACCACAUGCCGCCGUGACUGUCGCAGGAGGGAGAGGGGGAACAGGACGGCGGUUGCAGGGGCUGCGCGCGCCCCGUGACACCAAGCGCAAGUGGAAUGGCGGAAGCUUCCUCGAGUUCUCUGCGGACGAGAGUGCGCGCAUUAACGGACUGGGGGGGAGUGGGAGUGCGCGAGAUGGGGGGGCGCAAAGGGAGUCGGGGGAAAAGGGAGCGGAAAAGACGAAGAACAGCGGAUGGGCAGGCGUAAGCAGGCGGGUUGGAGGGAUGAUGUGGCGGGUGCGAUGGUGGGGAGGUGGGGGUGGAUCAGACGGAAGCAAGUCUGAUGCCGUUGGCGCGAGCGACGAGCGCGCACGCCAUGGCGGCGUGGCGGAGAGCGCGAGGGCGCUGGUAGUUACGGCAAGGGGCGGACGCGGCGGGCAGCCGCUGCAGCACAGCGAAGGCGGGGAGAGCCGUGGGGCGCGGGAGGGCAACGGGGAAGUGCAGGACGCGGUGGCGCCAGGGGGUGUGGCGCAGCAAGUGGAGGGGCGCGGAGAGGGGGGGGGAAGGGGUGGUGACGGGGAUGCGUGCGGUGGGGCGGCUGGCGGACAUGGAGGGAGGACAGUGCAGAGGGUGGGUAGGCGCGGGGCGCUGGUACCUGAGGAGGGCCGCGCGCCCGCCAACGCCACCUCGCCUGCGCGCAGGGGCGGGGAGAGCAGGGCGCGCGCAGCAGCGGAGGGGCGCGGGCAGUGGCGCGUGCGGCGCGUGGCGCUGCACCCGGCAGUGCGGCGCUCCACGGGGCUGCCCCUGCGCUGCCACCACUGGCGCAGCGACGCCGUCUUCCUCCUCUCCGCCGCCCUGCCCGCCCACGGCCUCAGCCCCCUCCUGCCCGUGCGCCCCCCGCCCUCCCCCCUUGCUUCUCCCCUCCCCACCAUCUUCCCCUCGAAGCUUUCUCACGUACUCCCCUCGCUGCUGUACAUCUAUUCCCCUGCGUUCCCACGUAUUCCGCUCUGCUUUCCUACUUACUCCCCUCUGCUUUCCCUCUUAGUCCACCUCUCUUCUACACCACUUGCUUCCCUCUCGGCUUUCUCACUUCGUCCGCCUUCAUUCUUUCUUGCUUCCUCACGUUCUGCUCUCUCGCUUCCUCUGCUCGCUGCUACCCCAUGUGCACGCCUCUCUGUGGCGCCAUGCCAUGCCGAAUUGGAUGCGCGCCUGCAGUCGGUGGGGCUACAGUACACGCUCGCCCUCGUGCCGCGCAACGUCUCACAUGCCCACGCUCUCAGGUACGCCCCUCUGUACCGCGCAGCACCGCAGGGUGGGGUGCGAGCAGGGGCAGGGAGGCAGGACGUGCGGUACAGUGCAGCGCAUGCGGAGGUGUGGGCGCGCGUGGUGGCGGCGCGGCUGCCGUUCGCCCUGGUGCUGGAGGAGGACGCCCUCAACCGCAGCGAGGGCGUUGCCGCCUGGCAGGCGCGCUUCGAAAUGCUGCUGUGGGAGCUGAAUCUGCUGAUGCUGCAGCGCGCCGACCGUUUCUUCUUUGACGUGCUGCUGCUGGCGCGCCACGGCCUCGCGCCCUACGCGGAGCAGCAGCUGGCUCCGGGCAUCGUGAGCGCGCAGCCCAGCCAGGCCAUGCACGCCUACCUGCUCUCCUACGCCGGCGCCAAGCGCCUGCUCGCCCUCUCCCGCUUCCACUCCAGCCAGCGCGCAUGCAUGUGCCUCUUCAAUUUAAUCCGUGCAUCACCUCCCUCUGUCUUCCUCCUCUCUCUCACCCCCUGCUGUCCCCUGCCCCUGCACAUGCCCCCCUGUCGACCGUGCAGGCCACUGGCCGAGAGCACGGGAGGCAUCCCCGGCUUGACCGUACUGGCAGCGGAGCCGCCUCUCUUCGCCACCACCAUCUUUGCCUGCUCGCCCAAACCCUGCCGCACACCGCCCCCUGCGCUCUCCCUGCCCGCCUCCACGCGCCUCACCCCCGCCUGCCGCUCCACCAUCCUGCUCGCCCUCCCCGCCCACCCCUCCAUGCCCGGCGCUGCCCUGCACGCCCCCUGGCGCAUGCGCGACCCUGCCCCCGCCGGCCCACGCUCCUCCAUCCCCUCCUCCUCGCCCGCCUUCUGCCCACACCUCUCCCCCGCGCAGUGCCUGCUCGCACACCACCUGCAGCACCUGCUGCCCAAUGUGCGCGCCCCUCCCCCGCUCCUCCUCCCCACCACGCUGCCCCCCUCGCUGCCCCUCUGGCCGGCCUACGUGCUGUCGCUGCGCCGCUCCCCCCAGCGCCUGCAGCGGGUGCUGCCGCUGCUGCAGCAGCAGGGCUUCGGGGACGUGGUGGUGGCGCACGCCGUGGACGGGGGGGCACGGGGCAGAGACAGGGGGAGGGGCGCAGGGGCGGGGGGAGGAGGCGGAGGUGGAGGCGGAGAGGAACCUGGACGUGUUUGGGGGCUGGUGGGGGCGGGGGCGGUGUCGGUGACACGGCGCUCCAUCAGGUGGCACAAGCUGGCGGAGCGGCGGCGCGAGCGGCUCACGAGAGGGGAGGUGGCGUGCGCUCUCUCGCACUACCUCGUGUGGCUCGAGGUGCUGCGCAGGAAGCUUCCCUACGCCAUUGUACUGGAAGAUGACGUCACCUUCACUACAAGCACAUUCCGGGCCGACUUUGAACGGAACAUCGCCGAGGCCAAUGAGCUGUUGACACGUCAGCACAGCCCGGAGUCACCACCCGACAUCCUGUUUGUGGGGCACAUGGGGGUGCUGGCAGGCCACUUCAUGCCGCUGCUCUCCCCCCACAUCGCAUGGGACCCCCUCUCCUGGUGCUCCUUUGCCUACAUCAUCUCCCACCGCGGUGCAGCGCGCCUGGUGGAGGGCUUUAAGGUCGACGACCCCCUCGACUCCCUUUCGGUGCAGGGCGAGUCUGGCUCUAGCAGGGUGCUGUAG